AUGAGAGGUUUCCUUGGUGCUGUGGCCGGCCUCGCUGCUGUUGCCAGUGCCACUCCUUCCCUCUCCAUUGAGACCAUUCACGACGGCGCCGCGCCUAUCAUUUCCUCCACCAACGCCGAGACUGUCCCGAACUCGUACAUCAUCAAGUUCAAGAAGCACGUCUCAGACACUGGUGCCGAGGACCACCACAACUGGGUCCAACAGCUACACUCCUCCUCCCAGCAGGAGCGUCUUGAGCUGCGCAAGCGUGGCCAGGACUCCCUGGUCAACGAUGCCUUCCACGGCUUGAAGCACACCUACAAGAUCGGCAAUGACUUCUUGGGCUACGCCGGUCACUUCGACGAGGCCACCAUCGAGAAGGUCCGGAGGCACCCUGACGUCGAGUUCAUCGAGGUCGACUCUGUUGUCCACACCCAGGUUCCCGUCAAGUCCCAGGUCGAAGACAAGUGCGAUGGCGAGACCGAGAAGCAGGCCCCUUGGGGUCUGGCUCGUGUCUCCCACCGCAAGUCCCUGGGCUUCACCAACUACGACAAGUACCUUUACGCCGAGGAUGCUGGCGAAGGCGUUGACGCCUACGUGAUUGACACCGGCACCAACGUUGACCACGUUGACUUCGAGGGUCGUGCCAAGUGGGGCAAGACCAUCCCCUCUGGUGACCAGGACGCCGACGGCAACGGCCACGGCACUCACUGCUCCGGCACCAUCGCCGGCAAGAAGUACGGUGUCGCCAAGAAGGCCAACGUCUACGCUGUCAAGGUCCUCCGCUCCAACGGCUCCGGCACCAUGUCCGAUGUCGUCAAGGGUGUUGAGUGGGCUGCCACCUCUCACACCGAGCAGGUCAAGGCUGCCAAGGACGGUAAGCGCAAGGGCUUCAAGGGCUCCGUCGCCAACAUGUCUCUUGGUGGUGGCAAGACCCAGGCUCUCGAUGCUGUCGUGAACGCUGCCGUCGACGCUGGCAUCCACUUCGCCGUCGCCGCUGGCAACGACAAUGCCGAUGCCUGCAACUACUCCCCCGCUGCCGCUGCCAAGGCUGUCACCGUCGGUGCCACUGAGCUCGGCGACCGCCGCUCUUACUUCUCCAACUACGGAAAGUGCACCGACAUCUUUGCCCCUGGCACCAACAUCAAGUCCACCUGGAUUGGCAGCAAGUACGCCGUCAACACCAUUUCGGGCACUUCCAUGGCCUCUCCCCACAUCUGCGGUCUCCUGGCCUACUACCUCUCCCUCCAGCCUGCUUCUGACUCGGAGUACUCCGUUGCCCCCAUCACCCCCGAGAAGCUCAAGAAGGCUCUCAUCUCUGUUGGUACCGUUGGCGCCCUUGCCGACAUCCCCAGAGAUACCCCCAACGUCCUCGCCUGGAACGGCGGUGGCUGCAACAACUACACCUCCAUUGUCGAGGCUGGCAGCGUUACUAUCGAGCGUGAGGCCGAGGACUCCACCAUUGAUGACCUCGAGAAGGCCAUCGAGGAGGACUUCGAGGUCCUCUCGGGCCAGGUCGUCAAGGGUGCCAAGAACGUUGGCAGCAAGGCCGAGAAGUUUGCCAAGAAGAUUCACAACUUGGUCGAAGAGGAGUUGAAGACGUUCCUCAAGGAGACCGCCUUGUAA